AUGUCUAUCACCCGUCUCCCCGACGCCGCCACCCGUCAACUGUGUGCCACGCUCGUUCUGGUUUCUCCCUCUUCCGCUGUCAAAGAACUACUUGAUAACGCACUUGAUGCAGGGGCCACUGCGGUCGAAGUGCUCAUAUCUGCCAAUACCCUCGGUAAAAUUCAAGUCCGUGACAAUGGCCACGGCAUAGCACCAGAAGAUAUCAAGUGUGUGGGCCGCCCUGGCCAUACAAGCAAGCUCCGGACUUUCGAGGAACUGCGAUUCAAAGGUGGCCAGACUUUGGGCUUUCGAGGAAACGCAUUGUCAAGUGCAGCCUGCGUCUCCCAAGUCAUCAUCACCACGAGAACAGCACAAGACAAGGUCGCAAGCUCCUUCAUAUUGGGCUCCUCCUCGGCCGAUUCCGCAGUACCCAAGACUGUUUCGGCCCCCGUGGGUACUACGGUCGAGCUGAACAAUUUAUACAGCGAUUUUCCUGUCCGUCGAAAGGUGUUCUUCAAAGAAGCCCCAAAGUCGAUCGCCAGCAUCAAGACCCUACUGCAGGCUUACGCCCUGGCAAGACCAGAGACAAAACUAACAUUCAAGGUCCUUGGUGACGAGAAGUCUGCAUGGUCGUAUGCACCCCGCGAGAGGCCCAAUCCGCGGGAAGCUGCACUCCAGAUGUUUGGCGUGAGCUUGGCUAACCAGUACGUUGAGAGGACCAUCUCGACAGAGCUACUGGACUCGACAGCAUCAACAACCGUGCCUCCCAAUAAGAGAGAGAAUAACGAGUCCGGUCUCGAUAGCAUUACUAUUCGAGCACUUGUGCCGAAACUUGAUGCAGAUCAUGCAAAUAUAGCUGGCAAAGGCGCCUACGUCUCUGUCGACUCCCGACCAAUGGGUAGAGAUAGGGGCAUUUUUAAAAAGUUAGUCAAGAUCAUCAACAAUUUCUUCCAAACGGCGAGCAACUGCACGACAAAAGAUUUGUUCCUAUACGUAGAUAUAAAAUGUGCGGCAGGAAUCUACGACCUCAACAUCUCGCCUGCCAAAGAUGAAGUGGCUUUCAUGAGCGAGCAGACGGUCCUCGACCUCAUCAACAAUUUGUGCCUCGAUUUGUACACCCCUCACGAAGAUUCAAGAGACAACAAAUCGCCGAACCAAACAGAAUGUUCGCGCUACUCACCGAUGCUGGUUCUGUCACAAAAGAAUACGAGGGAAAGGCUUGGUGCAAGCUACAAUAACCUGCGGACCCCUGAAAGUUCCCUCCUUGCGGACGAAUACGAGAUGGAUCUCGAGGACCACGAAAGGCUCCAGCAAGCUGUGGACAGCACACUCCCGAAUGCCUCAGGUACCCUGCCCAAGGGCUGUUCUGGUGCUGCUGUUGUCAUUGAUGAUGGUAAGAGCCUGGACUCGAAUUUCGUCGAGCUUAACAUGAAUUCGAGGGCUUCUGUGCCAGUAGUUUCCGGAACUGAUCCCGCCUUUGAAGACGAAAACCCAGCCAGGGAACAAAACUCACGCACGAUCAGCAAUAACCACAGGGCAUGCCAAAUUCCCCUCCGAUAUACACAGGUUAACACAGCGAGGACUCGCACAUUGAGCGGUGAAGGGAAGCAUAGCAUGCUUACACUGAGCUCCUGGGACGACGAAGACAGUCAAACACAAGGCUCUACCGCCAAUUUUCCGAACAUUGGUCUAAGAACACCCUGGACCAUUGCAAAAGCCGCGGCGACAUGUUUUCCAGCAGAACGAGCAGUGUGUGAUGUUCACGAUAACGAAGGUCGCCUAUCCCAGGCUAUGUCAGGGACAAGAAACGGUACGAGGGUGGAGGCGCCGGCCAUACACAACCUCGCUACAGACAAAGGAUACGUGAGCCCCCUGCUUCAACAGGACUUGGGCGUGGGCAGGAUCGACCCUGUGUCGAACCGGUGCCAUUCCCCGUACAGUUUGAUCCAAUCGGCCAACGGGAGCAAGACUGAUGUUGCCGCCGAGGCCCGCCGUACAUGUAUCCCUUCUGACCAGGACCCCGAUGUGCCCUUGUCACUCACAAAAAGGAAUGAUCGCAACCAGCUUUCGUAUCUCCAGUCGCCUGAGGCAAGCCCUAGGGAACCUCGAAGCUAUCAUGAGCGGAUGCAUCUUGACAGCCCACGUUUGACCCUAGGGAACCUUGAGAAGUCACCGCGUCCUGACCUGAAUCGUCUGCCGAGAACACCCCUGGCAACGAUGUCUUCCAGGAAGCCCGCAAUAACGCGCCAUAGCAACUCGUUGCAACCCCCUCAAGAAGUGACUCGGGGUUCUGAGGCGCGGGGAUGCACAUCGCCGAGAUGGGGGCAUCAUACGAGCCAGAGCAGACGAAACGAUGAGCUCAGUCAUGAACACACCCACAGCCGGCGUGACGUUCGGGAUUUCAUGCGAAUCCUAGAUGGUGAAACGAGUUGCAAUAGCGACACUGAGAUGCUAUUCGAGGGACAUCAUAGAGAGGAAACUGACACACCACAAGGAAUGGAGGUUCCGCAGUCGCUUCGCCGAGUGAGUUUGCCGAGGGGCCGUGAAUCCAGCUAUCACUGUCGAGCGAGCAACCAUGCGGUUGCUCGCCACAACUCAGGUGGUUCAGGGUUACGCCAAACUCUGCCACAGAGGGCUAGGAACAGCGUCAUGAUGGAGGCUGAUCCCCGGCGGUACCUGGUCAAGAGACAACGGUCCAUGGCGUUAUCCGGUCGCAAGACGCCGAGGAGACUUCAAUCAGAUCGGUUGCCACUCGAGACCACGACCGAGAACGCGGCCAGUUUGCAGCUACAAGCAAAGGCACUCAACUUGGAGGCCCUGGCUCAAGACAUAACCGAUUUAGAACCUGUCGACUCAUACCUCACGCAGGGCGAUAUCGAGUUUGGGCUGCCCAGAACACAAGCGGAGAAGGCGUACAUCGAGCAUAGACUUCGAGAGGUGGUCGCAGACUGGCUGCAGUGUGCUUAUGGGACCGAGAUGCAGCUAGAGUUGAAUCUGUAG